GCAGCAAAUAAAGAAAAACUCCGGAUGUGACGCAACGACGCAGUGGCGCGAGUGACAUCAUUCAAGAUGGCGGCGCUGGCGUCCUUGAUGCUGAAGUCCAGAGCAGGUCUGCUGGUACCCGGCCAGACUUCUCUUCUGGACUCUGUGAGGUUCGCUUCUAAAAAGGCUGGUGGCAGCAGUAAGAACGUCGGCGGAAAGAGCCCCGGUCGGAGAUAUGGCUUCAAGAAACAAGAUGGUAAUUUUGUCCAUGCCGGUAACAUCCUUGCAACACAGAGGCUGAUGAGGUAUCACCCAGGAGCACAUGUGGGUCUGGGAACCAACAAGACGCUCUUUGCUCUGGAGGACGGCUACGUCAGGUUCACCAAGGAGGUCUACGUCCCGCCUCCACGCAGCCUGGAGGCCACCCGGGUCAUCACCAAGCUGCCAAAAGGAGCUGUGCUCUACAAGACCUUCGUCAGCGUCAUGCCAAUCAAACAGGAGGGUACGUUUAAACUGGUAGACAUGGUCUAAAACUGGAACAGACCGGACUGGGAAGUCCUGAUCAAGAAGGAUUUGUUUUUUGACACUUUGACUGAUUUCCGGUGAUCUAAGUGAACGGCAAACCAUCAGCCACAAAGCAGAGAGGAGUCGGUGGACACAUAAAAACUCUUGGUCUCUCCAUGGCCACCUGUCUCCGAGUUCCAUAUUUAUGUGACACACUUUAUGGCACCUACUCAACAGAAAAUCAACCCUGUCACACAUGGAUUUUCUUUCUUUUUUUUUCCAGUGUAUUGACACAAACUUAACUAAAUCAAAUGUAUAAAGAAAACAUUUCCAGUGAAGACUUGAUUGAUUUUGUGUUAUGGGAGUCAACAAUGUGGUGAUUACUGUGUUUGACGAUAAGAUCAUCCCAAUAUAGUCCAUGAUACAUGUGCAUUACUACGGGCAGGUGUCUUUUGUUACAGUUACUGUUCACUGAGAUGAUCACCCAGAACAACCCACCUUAAUGAGCUGAGGUGCUGUAAUACUGAACUAUAUUAAAGUUUUAUACGUGAAAGUC